AGGAGCUUUCAGAAUGACAGUACGCAGAAGUGAACAGUGCUUGUUCAUUGUACAGGGUCAUCCCGGCUCCUGUGCUCCAACGCAGCUUCCCUAGCCAGACUGAGGUGCUCGCGAUGAGAACUGCUGCCCAAUGGAAUACAGAUAGAUGAGUCCAGAGAUCUGAGCAUUGCUUGGGGGGGCAACAUUCAUCAUGCUUUGCCGGGAGAGAUUGUAAAGAAGCCAGGUUUUUUUUCUCAAUGUAAAGAUGCAAAAAGGCACCAUCCAUGAAGAUCCUAUCACCUAGGGAAAACUUGACAUUCUGCCGCAAAUGCUGUGUUGGGAUUUAUUUAUUCCGGGAGGAUUCUGCAUGGCUGGCAAAGAAUAAUGUUCCGAAAUUGGUCCAUCUCCCAAGGGGUCCAAUUUUUCUUCCUGGGUGUCAGCAAGCCCUGACUCACCACAGAGCAGCUGACAGGGGCUGUCAUGCUUGUGGCACCCUAAGCAAAAAGCAAAAGACCUAAGGACGACCUUUGAACAACACAAAGGAUGGGUUUCAAUGUAUUUAGGCUACUGAGAGGAUCAGCUGUAGCCCUGGUAAUAGUCCCUACUGUAUUACUGACAAUGCUUUCAUCUGCUGAACGAGGAUGCCCUAAAGGCUGUAGGUGUGAAGGCAAAAUGGUCUAUUGCGAAUCCCAGAAAUUACAGGAGAUACCCUCAAGUAUAUCAGCUGGUUGCUUAGGUUUGUCCCUGCGAUAUAACAGCCUCCAGAAACUAAAAUACAAUCAGUUUAAAGGUCUUAAUCAACUCACCUGGCUGUAUCUAGACCAUAACCACAUCAGCACCAUUGAUGAAAAUGCUUUCAAUGGAAUACGCAGGCUCAAAGAGUUAAUUCUGAGUUCCAACCGAAUUGCCUAUUUCCUUAAUAACACAUUCAGACCUGUAACAAACCUCCGGAACUUGGACCUCUCCUACAAUCAGCUGCAGUCCCUGGGAUCAGAACAGUUCAGGGGCUUAAGGAAGCUGCUGAGUUUACAUUUGCGGUCUAAUUCCCUGAGAACAAUCCCCGUGCGGAUUUUUCAGGACUGUAGGAACCUUGAACUCCUGGACCUGGGCUACAACAGGAUCCGAAGCUUAGCAAGGAACGUAUUUGCAGGCAUGAUCAGGCUAAAGGAACUUCACCUGGAGCACAAUCAAUUUUCUAAGCUUAACUUGGCACUUUUUCCAAGGCUCAUCAGCCUUCAGAACCUUUAUUUACAGUGGAAUAAAAUCAGCGUUAUAGGGCAAACGAUGUCCUGGACUUGGAGCUCAUUACAAAGGCUUGAUUUAUCUGGCAAUGAAAUAGAAGCUUUCAGUGGACCUAGCGUUUUCCAGUGUGUGCCCAAUUUACAGCGCCUCAACCUGGAUUCCAAUAAGCUCACAUUUAUCGGGCAAGAGAUUUUGGAUUCUUGGAUAUCUCUCAACGAUAUCAGCCUCGCUGGGAAUAUAUGGGAAUGCAGCAGAAACAUUUGCUCCCUAGUAAACUGGCUCAAAAGUUUUAAGGGGCUAAGGGAAAAUACAAUUAUCUGUGCCAGCCCCAAAGAGCUGCAAGGGGUGAAUGUUAUUGACGCAGUCAAAAACUACAGCAUCUGUGGCAGAAGUACGACGGAGAGGUUUGAACUGCCACGGGCGCUCCCCAAGCCAACCUUUAAACCCAAAGUGAUUAGGCCUAAGCAUGACAGCCAGCCCCCUCUGCCCCCCACUGUUGGGGCCACCAAAGCCAGUGCCGAGCCCGAGCACGACACGGAACAUAUCUCCUUCCAUAAAAUCAUUGCAGGAAGCGUGGCCCUUUUCUUGUCAGUGCUGGUGAUCCUGUUGGUGAUCUAUGUCUCGUGGAAGCGUUACCCUGCCAGCAUGAAGCAGCUGCAGCAGCGCUCUCUCAUGCGAAGGCACAGGAAAAAGAAGCGGCAGUCCCUGAAGCAGAUGACUCCAACCACACAGGAAUUUUAUGUCGAUUAUAAGCCAACCAACGCCGAGACCAGCGAAAUGCUGUUGAAUGGAACAGGACCCUGCACAUAUAGCAAAUCAGGCUCCAGGGAAUGUGAGAUACCUUUAUCUAUGAAUGUGUCAACAUUUCUUGCAUACGAUCAGCCUACGAUAAGUUACUGUGGUGUACAUCACGAACUUCUUGCUCAUAAGCCCUACGAAUCAAAUGCACAGGAAGAAACAAUGGAGUCACAGCUAGAGACUGAUUUGGAUCUGAGCACAAUCACAACAGCAGCACGAAAUCAGUGAUCAUGUUCAGCAAGCUGGCUUAAGUGACCUGAAUUACAGCCAAGAGAUGCCACUAAAUUUUUAUUUCACAUGAAGGAGGAAAUGAUUUCUUCAGUGGAUUCCAAAAUCCCUGUUCAGUUAAAAAAAAAAGUUACACAUUACAAUACAGAUUGUUUUCAGUCUACGAUUUGUAAUUAGCUAAUUUGUGCAGUAUUUUUUGACUUUAAAGAAAGAGUAUGAUCCUUAAAAUAAAUCUUUUUUCAAAACUCAUCCUACCUACCUGUAAAAAAAAUGUACAGAUCUAAUGUAUUUUUUCAUAUUGUAAAGUUUCAAUAUACUGAGAUGUAUUGGUAUGUACAGGACCAUGAUUUCUUUACAUCGUACUUUACAAAUUUCAGUUUCUAAAAAAAAAAAUUAACAGAAGUUAUUUCUUGCGUUAUCUUCAAAGUUUCUCAGUUUUUAGGGACUGUUUUGUUACAGCUUUUUGGCCCAGAAAAACAUAUCUAUACACUUCACUCUGAAAUUCUUUGUUGUGCAACAACCUGCACAACUUUUAUCACACUGACUGCAUAGAGAAUUCUAUCUACUUGUUCCAGAAAUAAUCCAUUAACCCAAUGGAAGGUUUGAUUGUUCAAGCUUACAUAGACAUGGGUUUUUUUUUCUUAUAAACAGAAAUCUAAGAAGGUUUUGAUAAACAGAAAAAAAACAGUUCUCUGAAUUAACUGUUGUCUUGAAUUACAGCCUGGUUUCUAAAGCAAUGAAAUGUAAUGAUAAAGAGGGAUAUUUUAACAACAUACCUCUGAACAAAUGACUCAUUGUUUUAUUCCUUCAUGUGGUAUUGCAUCAAAAACAAAAAAUGCACUAGGGGCAGAAACAGCAUUGGAGACAAAGGCAGUAACACAGCAAUGAAGUUCCAUGCAGUUGUCAGCUAACCAGGUUGUAUUUUUAUUUAGGUUCAUCUUAUUGCAUAGUUAUGCAACUGGAUUGCACUGGUUAUUAGAUGAUGUGUUCCAAUCUUGCACUUGCUUGGUGCAAGCAGCAACAUCUCACACUGAAAGAACCGUUCAGGCCUGGUUCCACAAUGCCCUGGUAAUAAAAACUGAUACAUUCAUUUCCAGUUUUUCAGGAUCUAAUUUUAAAAAGAGUUAUCAUGCAUAUUGCAGUGCACAUGAAUGAAAAGUUCUCUAGAAAGAGGUGAUAUCCAAAAGGCACAUAUGUUUUUUUUCUUUUGGUAACUCAAUUAGAACACACACACACACACACAAAUUGAAAGUGCAAAACCAAUUCAUGGAACUGGAAUGAAGACAGUGGGAGUCAUUAUUUUCCAUCCAUGUUGACUUCACAACAGCACAACACUGCAAAUGCUCCAAAAAAAUUCAUUUGCAGUGGCUGACACAGGCACCUGGCCAAAAGUCCUCCCCAUUUGCUAGAGAGUUUAUAUACAUUUGUACCACAGCAUAAACAUUGGUCCAUUCCUCACAGCAUAAAAAAGACGUCUGGGGGACAUCUUUUAAAAAGCCACCUUUCAUGUUUGUUCCAGACAGUACAGGUGUCAGUGGAGAAAAGAGGGUUUUUCAUAUUGCACAGAAAAGCUAAGACAGUCCGCGGAGGGCAGGUUAUGCAAUGCUUUUCAGUGGGCAGCAAACCUGUCUUUUGAGUGUCUAAGAUGCUCGUAUUAAUGUCUGCGUAUCUUCGAAUACAGCUCCUCCAAAAGAAAGAAAGAAAACUAUAUAUUGCUGGAAUUGGCAGAAUGAGCUGAAUACAGCUAUGUACUCUUUGGGUUGAAAAGGCACCCAGGAUCAGAGCCUGCACAGCAAAUGUCGUGGGGCAGUCUUCAGGAAGUAGGGAGAAUCCCUUCAGCAGCACACAAAAUGUUGAGCGCAAUCUGAGGAGAAAACUUACCAGAGAGUUUAACAGCCAGGCGGGAAACAUAAGAUGCCUCCUGAGCUUCUGAACUCUGUAUAAUCAGGCAGGAGACAACUAGCAGAUGACUUGAAAGGAAAAAAGUCUUCCUUCUAGCAUCUUCAAAAUAAGACAGCUUGGGCUGAAAUAAAAUGUCCUCAGGAGGUUUUGGGGGGAAAGCUGUGCAGAGUUCCUCUCCAAGGUGCCUUUUUGAGGUCCUCAGGACAUCUUAUUUGUGCUGUGCAGAAUGGGCCAAUGUAUCUGAGUAUACCAUGUGUGACCCCAUAAGCAUGCAAACUUCACAGGUAUAUUUGUUUCAUUUUAUGAGCAGCAAGACUCAUACAAAAAGUGGCUACAUGUGUCUGGGUCGACACAUUUAGUACAAAUAUAACAAUUACUUUGGAUGUAUGAAACCGCAUCUACUAUUCCACCAGAAAAGAUUCCUAUAUUUGUGUAAGCCAUUGAAGAGGGGCCUAGGCUAUUCCACUUGUGAGGCUCCUCCCAACCCCCACCUUCAUGAUUAGUGGAAAAUGGUGUCCACACAAUGGGGUCAGAAAUGGGGUCCACUUCAGUGAAGUCCUAAAAGGACACAUUCAACACAGAAAUCAAUGCUAGUGUCAGGUUACCACCUUAAGACGGUAUUAUUCUGAAAUUGAGUGCAAGGAAAAAAUAUUGACGGGUUAUCGAAGGCUUUCACGGCUGGAUUCAACUGGUUGUUGUGGGUUUUCUGGGCUGUAUGGCCUUGGUCUGGUAGAUCUUGUUUUGCCUGCAUCUGUGGCUGGCCUCUUCAGAGGUGUAUCACAGAGACCCUAGGUUUCAGCCUGUCUAGCCUAUAGGUAAAAUCUGGCACUGGUGUGAGCUAGCCCUAAGAUGGAUUCAUGACUGACUACAGCUAUUCUGCCUCCCAUUUUCAGUCAAAGCAGACAAAAAGUUACUAGAGAUGGAAAAGAAAACUGAAAAAGGAAUUCAGGCUACAAUCUUAAUUUUAAUUGAGUAAAAGUAAUUUCCAUUGAGUGACAUGGAACUUACUUUAAGUAGAUCUGUUUAGAGUUGUUCUCUUAGAUUUCAAUGAGAUUACCAUCAUCUCUCAAAUUCUAAGUUCAAACUUGUAUGUGAAAUUAAACAAUUAUUGUUUCCAUCA